AGGUCAUCUUUAGAGACUGUAAUGUUGUAUAUGUAAAUAUAAAUCUGGUGUCUAUUUUUUUCAGUCUUUUUAAAUGUAUGUUACGUUUAAUGACGCAAGUCACUUUAUUUAGUAUACAGUAGAUACUGACUUUGUCCUUGUAGAAUAUACUGUUGUGUGUACUGUACGCAGUAAUUAGAUCAGAUAUAGGGUUGCAAUGUUUACAUGCUAGAAUCAAUAGCGUAUACUGUAUUAGACUAAGUAAGCACUUGUGGUACCAGUGUAAUGUCAUCUUCAGGUACGCGUAAAAAGUACGCAGGCACUCACGGUGCUUGCUCUCGCACGCCUAAACCACAUAGAAAACAGGAACACGCCCAUUCAAAUCUGGUACGUUAUGCUGGUCUUUUACAUGGAUUUGUAAUGUCAUUUAUAAUAUUUUUUCACCAUUAAGAACAUAAUAUGGGAAUAUUUAUCAUACGCAAUACAUUGGGUUUUGUACACUUUUUUUUUUUUACUUGUUCAACAAGCGGUGACUUCUCAUUUUGUCUUGUUCGUCGUGAUUUUUUGCUUUCUUUUAAGAGAAAUCGGUUGUCUGUUUCCAGUUAGUUUGCAAAACAAAGUAUAACAGUAAAUGUACCAAAACACCCAUCACAUUGCAACUCAUUGCACAUGUACCAAAAUAUGUUUGACAUUUCUGACAUUACACUGGUCAAGUGCCACAUUCUGACUAUCUACCACUUUUUAAACCGGCAACUUCAUUCCGUUAUUUAAAGAGAAAUGUGAAAUACAUAUUUCCUUGUGUUGUCAACCUACCAUAUUUAGUGCAUUUAGAUGUUGCGUCAGGCAGUGCGAUUACAUUUCAAUUAAACAGGAGGACCAGUUAAAAUACCAGCUCAGUUUCAUCCUUCCGACUUCUUCCUGGCUGUCAGGGUUACCCCCGGAUUACAAGAGACACGGCGCGAGCACAGGGAGGCGGGGCGCGUGGAGGCAUUUAACCACAUGCGACUCAAGCACUCCAGAGUCUCAGAUAUAUCAGCUCUACAGCAUAGCAAGUCCUGCGCUCAAUAAUUCUUCCAAGUGCAGCCAGCAUCACCAUACAUACCAAAGAUAUUGCUCGUCCCCUCGAAUCAGAUCGACAUCAAAGCACGCCAAAGUGAAAAUGGGUUAGAGGGAGGAGAUGUCCGGAUUGUUCAUUCGCGUACACCACUUUGAAAGGAUGGGGAGCUCGGUUUUCAAUUGCAAUGCUGAAAACAUUAAAGAAGAAGAAACAGGAUAAAAGACUGGAAUUGCUUUUUUUGUCCCCCUUUUUUCUUUCUUUUUUUUUUUGAGAAAUGAUUUCAGAGUUGGUGUGCAGCGCUGUGGCUGUGGUCCUGUAUUUCAAUACUCUGGGUGCGGAUUUCUGCUACGAUGACAGCCGUGCUAUCAAAACCAACCAGGACCUGCUACCAGAAACCCCCUGGAUGCACAUUUUCUACAAUGACUUUUGGGGGACCCUCCUUACCCACAGCGGCAGCCACAAAUCCUACCGCCCACUCUGCACUCUCUCCUUCCGCCUUAACCACGCCCUGGGGGGCCUGGACCCCUGGGGCUACCACCUUGUCAACAUUCUACUGCAUUGCAGUGUCACGGGCCUCUUCACCCGCCUCUCACGUCUCCUUCUCGGGGGCGGCCACUGGACCCUGAUGGCAGGGCUGCUCUUUGCCUCACACCCUGUGCAUACGGAAGCUGUGGCAGGGAUUGUGGGCAGGGCAGACGUUGGCGCUGCCCUCUUCUUCCUGCUUUCACUGCUUUGCUACAUGCGACACUGCUCACUGAGAGGUCACUCUGCCCACUGCUUGCCCUGGUUGCUGGGCAGCUUUGCUUGUGCGGCCUGCAGCAUGCUGUGGAAAGAACAAGGGGUGACAGUCUUGGCCGUCUCAGCAGUUUAUGAUGUCUUUGUGUUCCACGGGCUCAAAUUUCAUCAGAUCUUCUCACUUAUUUUUAAGAAAAAGAAUACUUCCCUGCUUCUCAGUGUGAGCUCCCUGGCCACCUGGGGUGCCAGCUUAUUGGUUGCCCGCUUGUACUGGAUGGGCAACAAGCCACCCAGCUUCUCCAACUCGGAUAACCCAGCAGCUGAUUCACAUAGCCUCUUGACGAAGACACUGACGUUCUUCUACCUGCCUUCCGUCAACAUGUGGCUGCUGCUGUGCCCGGACACCCUGAGCUUUGAUUGGUCCAUGGAUGCCGUGCCGCUACUCAGGAACAUUGGCGAUUGGAGGAACCUUCACACUGUGGCCUUUUAUGUUGGAUUGCUGCUCCUGUCUUGGGUCAGCCUCAGGUGUCCCUCAGGGGUCAAAGAGACCAAUGGGAAAGCACAUGUAAUGAAUGGGUUACAUACAGGCACGAACGGGAAACAUACAGGCACAAACGGGCACAGUUGUCACACAAAUAUGGGGCUCCCAAACUCGGGGUAUCAUCCUGUAAAAAGUACUGAGAAUGGUAUAAAGAAUCAAGUUAUUUCAAGGACGUCACUGCCCACUACAGAAAACGUGGUGGUCUUCUCUUUGGGGCUACUGAUGGUGCCCUUUCUCCCUGCCACUAAUUUAUUUUUUUAUGUGGGUUUUGUAAUAGCAGAGCGUGUUCUCUACAUACCAAGCAUGGGCUUCUGCUUGCUGGUGACUGUGGGCAUGAGGGCCCUUUACAUCAAAUUCAGGAGAAGGUUCUUGAAGAGCCUUCUGUUGUAUUGCACCGCCACUUUGGUCCUUUUGUACGGGGUAAAGACAGUGUUGAGGAACCAAGACUGGCAGGACGAGGAGACGUUAUACAAGUCAGGGAUAAAUGUGAACCCGGCAAAAGCAUGGGGUAACCUUGGGAAUGUCCUCAAGAGCCAGGGCAAGAUGGCAGAGGCUGAACAGGCCUAUAGAAAUGCCUUGUACUACCGCAGCAACAUGGCUGACAUGCUUUAUAAUCUAGGUUUGCUGCUACAAGAAAACAACAAGUUCUCUGAGGCACUGCACUACUAUAAGCUGGCAAUUGGUAGCAGGCCUACAUUAGCUUCUGCAUACUUGAAUACAGGAAUCAUCCUGAUGAACCAGGGAAGGCUAGACGAAGCCAAGCGAACGUUUCUGACAUGUGCUGAAAUCCCAGAUGAAAACCUGAAGGACCCUCACGCACACCAGAGCUCCGUAACCAGCUGCCUCUACAACCUGGGGAAGCUCUUCUAUGAGAGAGGGCAGAUAGAGGAGGCCCUGUCAGCAUAUAAAAAAGCAAUACAGAAGAUGCCAAGACAGUUUGCAGGCCAGAGCCUAUAUAAUAUGAUGGGAGAGGCCUACAUGAGGCUGAACAAACUGGCAGAAGCUGAACACUGUUACCUGGAGUCACUGCGAGCCAAGCCUGACCACAUCCCAGCUCACCUCACAUACGGAAAGCUGCUGGCACUCACAGGACAUAAGCUUGAAGCAGAACGAUACUUUCUGAAGGCAAUUCAGCUGGACCCCACAAAGGGAAAUUGCUAUAUGCAUUACGGUCAGUUUUUGUUGGAAGAAUCCCGCUUACUCGAAGCAGCUGAGAUGGCAGUGAAGGCCGCAGAGCUUGACAGGACAGAGUUUGACGUGGUCUUUAAUGCAGCCCAUAUGCUCAGACAAGCCAGUCUUAAUGAACCAGCUGAGAAAUAUUAUCGACUUGCAGCAGGCCUACGACCCGAUUAUCCAGCUGCCUUGAUGAACCUUGGGGCCAUCCUCCAUCUCAAUGGAAAACUGCAAGAGGCAGAAGUGAAUUACCUGCAAGCUCUUCAACUCAAACUAGACGACACGAUCACUCAGUCCAACCUUCGCAAACUGUGGAACAUCAUGGAGAAACAAGGGCUAAAGACUUUGGGCACAUCGACGGGCAUUGAAGUUGAACAUUAUCCAUAAAAUCAAGAGAGGAAGAACAACAUAUACAAAGAAACAGGAAGCCACAUAACACUUGUGUGUUCAACUGGCCCUCUGAGGUUUUAAAGUAGUCCUUUCUAAUGAGUUCUUUCCAUGUGAUCUUCCUCAUGUUAAAUUAACGGUUAAAGACUUUAUUAAGAGGCUUCCCAGGAACUGUGUGUAAAACGAGAGCACUUAACUUGAAGCAGGACAUUGCUGCAUACUUAAUCUUGUUGUAAAGCUGAUAUGGGUUUGCAUAUUUGUUAGUUCUCUUGAGACAUUGAACCGUCCAGGGACGGUACAUGUGGAUACAAAAACAUUGAGAGGUUAUCUUAAACCCCCAGGGGUGCAGUCGUAAACAUAGGUUUGUGUCUGUAAUUUUCUAAAUUAUCCCAAAAGCUGUGGUUUCAUGAUGUCAAUAGAUAGCUUGUCUGUUUGAUGGCUUUCAUUGACACAACAGGCAGUGAAAGACAUAUUUUGCCAAGCCUUUUCACCAGGGCUUCUCAACCCUAGUCCUGGGGACCCCAUGUGUCUUCUGGUCUUCAUUCCAACUAAGUUCUCAAUUACU